AUGUCUAACUCUCUCGAACAAUUGAAGGCUACUGGUACCACCAUUGUCACUGACACCGGUGAAUUUGAAUCCAUUGCCAAGUACACUCCUCAAGAUGCUACCACCAAUCCAUCUUUGAUUCUUGCUGCUGCUAAGAAGUCCGAAUACGCCAAGCUCAUUGACGUUGCUGUCGACUACGCUAAGAAUAAGGGAGGAUCUCCAGAGGAAAAGGCCAACUUGGCUCUCGACAGACUCUUGGUUGAGUUCGGUAAGGAAAUCUUGAAGAUUGUCCCAGGAAGAGUUUCCACUGAAGUUGACGCCAGAUUGUCCUUCGACAAGGAAGGUACUAUCAAGAAGGCUCUUGAAAUCAUUGAACUUUACAAGCAAGAAGGAAUUGACAAGGAAAGAAUCUUGAUCAAGAUUGCCUCCACUUGGGAAGGUAUCCAAGCUGCCCGUGAAUUGGAAGCCAAGCACGGAAUCCACUGUAACUUGACCUUGUUAUUUUCUUUCUCACAAGCUGUUGCCUGUGCUGAAGCCAAGGUCACCUUGAUUUCUCCAUUUGUCGGCAGAAUCUUGGACUACUACAAGGCUACCACCGGUAAGGAAUACACUGGUGAAACCGACCCAGGUGUGAUCUCCGUCAGAUCUAUCUACAACUACUACAAGAAGUUUGGUUACAACACCAUCAUUAUGGGUGCUUCCUUCAGAAACACUGGUGAAAUCAAGGCUUUAGCUGGUUGUGAUUUCUUGACCAUUGCUCCAAAGUUAUUGGAAGAAUUGUACAACUCUGAUGCUCCAGUUCCAAAGGUUUUGGAUGCUGCCGCUGCCAAGGGUGAAGAUAUUGCCAAGGUUUCCUUCGUUGACGAUGAAAAGGCUUUCAGAUUUGCUUUGAACGAAGACCCAAUGGCCACUGAAAAGUUGGCUCACGGUAUCAGAAGUUUCGCUGCCGAUUGUGUUACUCUUGUUAACCAAUUAGAAGCUAAGUUCAAAUAA